GGGAUGGGGUGAAUGGGUGGGAUGUAAAACAUCGAAGGAGAUUAUGGAACUGAUGGAUAGAAGGUGGAGAGGUGUUCGCCAGGGUGGAUGAGCGCCAGUCCGUGGGAUUCUUUGUCAGCUAUGGACGGAGAGAGGGAGGACGGUGGAAGAAGGCUUAAAAUGCGAGGUGAAGAACUUUAACUGGCGCUAGAUUCCGAAACGAUACGCAAACAUGACCGACAUUUCCCAUGAUCAUCUGAAUCCAGUCGUUCCUGUGCACUCCGAUCCGAGUGCCGCUCUGUUUGGCGCACAGCCGGAGAGGGUCCAGAGCGCAGCUAACGGAAAAAAAGGGAAUGCAUCCUCGAAGCGUCCUGAAAAGCCCCCCUACUCAUACAUCGCCCUCAUAGUGAUGGCGAUCCAGAGCUCACCGAACAAAAGACUGACUCUGAGUGAGAUUUAUCAGUUCCUGCAGGCGCGCUUUCCUUUCUUCAGGGGCACGUACCAAGGGUGGAAAAAUUCAGUGAGACACAAUUUGUCUUUGAAUGAAUGUUUUAUAAAAUUGCCAAAAGGUCUGGGGAGACCUGGCAAGGGCCACCACUGGACCGUUGAUCCGGGCAGUGAGUUCAUGUUCGAGGAGGGCUUCUUCCGGCGCAGGCCGCGCGGGUUUCGAAGAAAAUGUCAAGCUAUGCAACGCGGGUACCGGGUGAUGAAAGGAUUAGGGCUAGGUGGGGCGAUGCUGCCACAGCACAGCUUUGAUUUCCCUCCAGGCUCGUUUGCAUCCAGCUACAACUUAGACGGGAUGGGUAACCCGGCUCCAGGUGGGUUUGAGGGACUCGGAGGGGGCCGCAGCUCUAACACAGAUUAUUACCCGGCCAGCAGCAGCCCGCUGCAGAUGAUGAGCGCUUUAGACUCUCAGUCUCAUUAUGUUAAUGCAGCUGCGCAGUGGAGUGCACCUGCAUCCGUAAACAUCAAGCAGCAAGCCCCAAACAGCGAUUCAUCUCUUUCUCUGGAGCAGGGCCUGCACCACAGUGCGCGAGACCCAGCUGAUAAUUCAGUGGGAUUGUCUCUGUGUUCCAGCCACUCUGCUGCUCCUGUUCGUGACAGGAAGGAAUUCCUUUUAAACAUAAACGGAAUCUCUCUUCUCCAUCCGAACUGCGGAAGGUCUUUUUACCAUCAUCACCUUCCUCAUCAGCAUCAUCAGCAGAGCGUUUAUCAGGACGAGAAGUCAGGUGUUAUGUGACAUUAGGAUAAACACAGCAACACUAAUUAAAACGCAACACAAUUCUAACAUAAAAAAGAAUUUAUGUAAAAUAUUCAGAUAUGUUAAAUUGACUGACUUCACCGGAAAUUAACAUAAAAUAAUACAAUAGUGACACAGUCUGUUUUCUUUGGCUUGGAAUUUUAUUUGUAUUUUUUAUAAGACUAACUUAUUUACAAAUUUUUUUCUAGUUUUGUAUUGUUAAUCAGACAUUUAUGCACAUUCUUCAUAUUUACUUUUAAAUCAUCCUACUGGUAUUUCUUCUCAGCCUACUGUUAUUUCCUCCAAACUCAAAAACAUUUGUUUUUCAUUUUAAAUUAAAAUUUUAAGCAAAAGUUUUCAAUUUUACGUAUUACUGUAUCAUGAAUUCCAGCUGCUAAAAUGGCUGAAAAAGACACGUUUACAAAUAAUUAUGGUGCACGUGUUGUUGCAUAAUGACAAGAACAUGGGUAAAUUAAGUUUUGUACAGAUUUGUGUGUUUUUCCUGAGGCUGCCCAGUUGCUCAGGAUUUUGCGUCUUCGUCUCUGCGGUGUCAACGCUGGAUCCAGUAUUUUAGAAAUGCACUGCCCCCUUGUGGUGACUAGAUGCGAAAGCAGGUGAAACAGAAAAGGUUUACUUUUUUGUGAUUGUGGUUGAUGAAUGUUUUAAUAUCAGCGUGUUGUUCGUGAAUAUUUUAGAAAAUAGGACCCAUGCAACACUGGGAAUAAAAACUCUAAAGUUAAAGUUGAAAUUAAAUGUUUUUGUUUGUUUGUUUCCUGCUUCCAUGUAGUAUUUUAAAACCAAAUUUAUAAUAAUCCCAUUAAUCCCAUCCUGGGCUGCUUUAAGAUGACUGGAUAGAGUUUGGGUCGUUGUUCUGUAAGAUGAUUUCAGCGCCAACAAUAAAUUUAAUCACAUUUUCAGAUGUUUGCUGUAGCUUCUCGUUAAAAAGCCGUUUUCGUUUUGUUGUGUUAAACAAUAGGAUCACAGAUAUAUAGAAAUUUCUUUAUUGUCAGACUUUUUUACGCUGUCCGCGGUGCUGAAAACCGUUUACAUCAAAAACAGAAUAAUCCUCAUUGGGCUAUGCAGUUAUUACAUUUUAUAAUGCCGGUUUUAACUUUUCUCUGUUGCACAUUCACCUGAUUUAUAGAAAAAAAGCUCAAACUGCUCGACAGCUAGAAUUAUAAACAGAUGCCAGUUUAAAAUCAGUUAAGAGCAAGAACAAAAUCCUGUCAUAUUUUUAUUUUAUUUGCAGGUCUUGAAUUUCAGAAUUGAUCUUAGUUAAAAAUAUGUCUGUGUAUUUUUAAUUAUUUAGAGAAACGUUAAUACCAAUAUUUAAAAUGCAUUUAUCAAGAUGACAAACAACGUUAUCAUUAAACUUUAAAAUAACAAUAAAAAAAUCUCAGUUAAAUUUUCAUGCAAUUUAUUCUGAAAAAACUCUUGAAGCAAAAAGUAGCAAAUAAAGAAAAUUGCAGCUCAAGACUAAAGAUCUUACUCUGUGUUUGUGGAUUUCAGGAGAAUAAACAAAUAUGCGCUGAACAGGUUUAAUUUGAAUUGUUAAGGAAAAAAGCGAGAUGGGGGACUUCAAGAACACUUUGAGCUCUCAUAACUUUAAAAGCUGUGCAGUUGUCUUUGUUUUAGAGAUUAGAUUUGGUUGGAGAGAAAAAAUACAAUCAAAUAAAGUAAUGUGUAAAAUAGUAAACCUAAAAAUAACAGCAAAUAAUUAUGCACAGACAAAACUAAUAAUGAGGAAGCUGUAUUUUAUGUAGCUCUGAAACUAGAGAACAAAAAUAAAUAUUAUAUUUCAUUUGGAUGUGAAGAUGUCUUAAUCUGGGAUAAACAAACAAACAAAAAAGCAAACAUUUAUUCAGCAAUAUUUUAAUUACCACAAAUAAAUCUAAAUAAUCUGUUUAUGAUGCACACUAUUUAGUGUUACUGACACGGUUGUAUAUUAAUUUAUUAUCUGUAUAAUUAUUUAGAAUAAAAAGACAUGACUAAUAAAAUGGUUUUAUGUGGCCACGUAGCAAUGUAUCCAAUUUGAUCAACUUUCCUUCUGAAAAUCACAAUGACAAACAAACACAUUAUAUUUAACCGGUCAAGAUGAUGAUUAUUUUGUUUAUUAUGAAUCUGCUUAAGCGCCCCCCAAAAAUGGGCUAAAAACGCCCAUGUGCUUCAGUCUGAUGCACAAAUCGUGUCUCUUUAGCUGCAGUACUUAAAUCUAUCAAUAGGUGGCAGCCACUUCAAAUUAACACUACACUGGUCUACCUUAGUCAAGGUCACGUGAUUCGUCCUGUGAUUUGUAAAACUUGGAUGGGUAACAAAUAAAGAAUUUUGAUAAAAUUUCGAUCACCUUUAUAAAAAGUUGUAAAAAGUUUGCAUGUCAUCAUGUUUUCUCAUUUGAAGACCAACCGUACCUGUAAUUGCUCUUGGGAAAACUGGGGAAAGUAAA